AGAAGAAGCCGAUUCUGGAAGCCAUUACGCUGCGCACAUCAAUUGAGUAAAUCCUACUAUUUUUGCGUACAAUACGCACAAUUACCUUCGUUUAAGAGGGUUUUCUGCAGUUAUGGCAUCCGCCGCCAAAAAAAGAAAAAUGAAUUUUUCCGAGCGAGAGGUAGAAAUUAUUGUAGAAGAAAUUGAGAAACAAAAGCACACACUGGUUAACCACUUCAACGCUGGAGUCACCCACAUGGCAAAGAAUAACGCCUGGGUGGAUAUUCUGAAAAAGGUGAACGCUGUUACCACCUGUCCCAGAGAGUUACCCGAGGUGAAAAAGAAGUGGUCUGACAUGAAGACGGAGGUCCGGAGGAAAGUUGCCCAGGCUCGGGCUGCCAUUGAAGGAACAUCCACCGACUGCACUCCAGUUCCCGUCAUCCUCACGGCCAUGCAGCAGAGGAUCUGUAACCUCCUGGGGGAGGCCACCAUCAUCAGUCUGCCAGCUGGAGACUCGGAUGCUGAGAUAACUUUACCUGUUACAGUCAACGCCGCCGCCACCGUCACACUAACAGAAGCUCUCCCGGCCGUAGGGACAGUUUGUGAUGACACAAAGCCGCUGAACGCUGAGACAACAUACCACACCCUGGAGGAUGGAGGCGUGGUGGAGUACUGCACCACCGUUGGCGACUCCACUCCAACCGUAGUGGCUGCCGUCGAGGCUCCGGUGGAGAUGCUGGCUUCGUCCUCAGCUUCCCCGACACCACCUUCGAGCCAGGCCAAACCUCAGGAGCUGAAGAGUCGCAUCGCCCUAAACUCCGCCCGCCUGCUGCAGGAGCAGAGAGUAACAAACGUCCACAUCCGACAGAUCGCUCAGCACCUGGAAGGCCAGAACGAGCUGCUGCAGAUGAUGCGGCGCUCCCAGGAAUCUCAGGCACUGGCUCAGGAAAGGCAGGCCCAGGCCCUGGAGGGGACUCAAGCGGCCCUGCUUGCCUUGGUUCAGAUGCUUCGGCCCGCCCUCAAGGACCUGCGCAAGUUCCUACAGAGCAGCACCGAUGUGGCCAAUCACACCUCAGCAUUAGGACCCAUGGCUGAAGGAGCAGCAACAGAGGAGCCGAGCAGACAAAAAACACCUCCACAUCCACAGCAAGCGGAGGAGACACAAUAAACUGUUGGUUGUUUUACAGAAAACCACAAAAACUCAUCAAGAGAUGCCUUAAAGAGGGCCAUGUGGAGACUUCUCUAAUGUUUUAUGAUUUAGAGAAACUGUUAUAGAAGCAGUGAAGGUGUUCUUCUUUGAAACAUGAUCUUAAUGAUGUCCUGUUUUUACCCUUAAAACUCCAAAUCAUUUUUUACUUUCA